UUUUAUUCUUGUUGUUGCUUAUACGGAAUGACACAUACAUGAUAACUGAGUGGUAUGGGCGUUUGCAAGGACAAGAUGAGGGGGGCCAGCCAACAGGGAGGCAGCAAGUGGGAAAUGUAGAUGUGGGGGCAGAAGGUUUCCCUAGCUGGAGCUGGGAUGGCAACACAGCUGAAGGGCACCAAGGUUGCAGCUACCAACCUAGAUACAGAGAACAAGAUAGCGAUGAUGGUGAUUUUGACUUUGAUGAAGGUGAGGAUGACUUGGAUGAUGAUUUGGAUGAUGAAGUUGCUGCUGGUUCAAGCCAUGGACCUAGUUUCCCUGAGGACAUGAGUCUUGAUGGUGGUUUGGGGGAUGAUUCAGCAGCUGCUGGCUCCAGCCAUGGUCCUAGUUUCAUGGAUGGCAUGAGCUUCGAUGAUGUUUCAAACAAUGGUAAACAAACAGACGCACAUGGAAAAAACAAGAAUGUCUGUGAUUGUGAUGAUCAACAGGAAGGCGAGCCAGUGCAACAAGAAAAUGUUGAACACCUGUCACAGGAGGACAUACUCAUGUUCAUAGAAAGUGACAAUGUUUGUGCGGCUCAGGCUCAGACUUGCAGCCAAGAAGUAUGGAGCCACCAUGUGCCAUAUGUGGGCAUGGUCUUUGAUUCUUGUGAUGCUGCCCAUGCAUUCUACAAUGAGUAUGCAGCCAUUUGUGGUUUUGCAAUCAAGAAAGCAGGCAACUACCAUGCAACUAAACCUGGUAGCAAGACAGUGUCCCGCUACACUUACAGGUGCAACCGCUCGGGUAAAGUUGUUGGCGAGGAUGUGCUUGAAGAAAGGAAAAAACAGAGGCAGCUCAAGAAGCAAGAAAAAACAAGGAUUCCCCCGCCCGAGAAGGCAAAAAGGAAGAGGAAAAACUUCAUACAAAUAAUCGGGUGCCAGGCUAAAAUGAUUGCAACACUAAAAGGAGACAAAUGGGUUGUCACGGUUGUUGACCUGGAGCACAACCACACCCUUAGCCCUCCAGACGAGAGCAAGUAUCUUAGAUCGCACAAGAAGAUGACAGAGGAAGAGAAGUUGUUUAUCAGGACAUUUAACUCUGUACAAAUGCCCACUAGGAAGAUUAUGGCCAUUCUUUCUUACCUGCGAGGGGGUGAUGCACCAUACACUAAGAAAUAUGUUAGCAAUGUGAGGACGGCAAUAAACAGAGAGAAUGGCAAGGGAGAUAUGCUGCAGGUCCUUGAGUACUUUAGGAACAAACAAAAGGAAGAUCCAAAUUUCUACUAUGCAUUGAAAGUUGCUGACGAGGACAUCAACAAGGUGUUGUGCAUAUUCUGGGCGGAUGGCUACUCGAGAAAAAUGUAUGAGCUGUAUGGUGAUUGUUUGAGUUUCGACACGACAUACAAGACAAACCGAUACAAUAUGCCAUUUGCACCGUUUGUUGGCAUCACUGGACAUGGGCUCAACUGCUUGUUUGCUUGUGCUAUAGUGCACAAUGAGACGGCGGACACAUUUGAAUGGCUUUUCGACACAUUUCUGGACUGCAUGCAUCGAAAAGCUCCUCUCACGGUCAUUACUGACCAAGAUGUGGCGAUGAAGACCGCGGUUCCUGCUGUUUUCAUGGGUGUUGUUCACAGGUGUUGUCUAUUCCACAUAAUGAAAAAGGUUCGGGAAAGAUGUGUGAGAACCUUUUCAACACAACCAGACUUGUAUGCUAACUUCAGCGACAUCAUGCAUAACUGCUUGACAGAGGUAGAGUUUGAGACGUUGUGGCCACCCAUGACGCAGAAGUAUGGAGUAGAGAAUGUCAAGUACUUCAGGUACAUGUGGAAGUACAGGAAGUUGUUUGUCCCAGUCUAUUUCAAGAAAAGCUUCUUCCCUUUCAUCCACUCGACUGCCCGGAGUGAAGGGACAAAUGCCAUAUUCAAGGACAAUGUAGGCUCAACAUUCAGUGUGAUUACCUUUUUGCGUGAGUAUGAGCGGAUAUUGAAAGCGAUGCAGGAGAAUGAGAAGGAACAAGACUCUAUUACCAGAACAACAAAGCCAACCUACUGGCUGGGCACUGAACUGGAAUUGCAGGCUGUAGAGAAGUACAACAGAGCGAUAUUCUACAAAUUUCAGAAAGUUAUAAAGUUUGCAAGCCAGUUGCAUGUGGAGGAGGUUGAGAAAAACACAAGGUACGAGGUGUACAAGACAAGGAUGCUCGCUGAGAAAGACUUUAGAAUCCGGAGAUAUGUUGUCAUUGUUGAUAUGCACAGAGAGGAUUUUGCUUGCAUUUGUGGAAAGUUUGAAAAAGAUGGCAUUGUGUGCAGCCACAUACUUAGGGUAUUAACACACCUCAACUUGCCAGUGCUACCUGAGAAGUACUAUAUUGACAGAUGGAGACCCAAGCAAAGAAAAGACAUUAGAAAACUCAGGUACGGCGUCCCUGAGGAGCUAACAGCAGGGGACCAUCACCUUAGAUACAUGUUGCUGUCUAGCAGACUGAAUGAAAUGGCUUCGGAUGCUGCGUCAUCCAAUGAAAAAUAUAUGUAUGUGGUUGGUGAAAGUGUGAGGAUUGAGGCAAAGCUAGAUGAGAUGAGUUUGGCAGAGGAGGAGCAAAAAAUGCAAGAUAAGCAUGUUGAUAGAGCUCUAGCCCCUACUAUGGUCACACCGCACACUGAUGGGUACGGGGAAAGUCUAAAGGAUCCUGAUGUUAUUGUUCCGAAGGGGCGUCCACAAGAGCGUUACAAGACAUUUUUGGAGAAACUACAAGAAAAACAACAAAUUGGUUGCAGCCAUUGUGGUCAGCAUGACCAUGUUUUUGCUCCGUGCACAAACAAACACAUCCCCAGGUCCCAAUUUCACAAGAAGACUACAUUCGGCGAGCAACCAACAGGAGUCCCUGGUGCUUCAAAGGAUAGUAGUAGGAAGAAUCAAACAGGAGGGGGGACAAAAGCAGGUGACAAACGGAGUGCACAGAAGGAUACUACUAGUGGGCCUAGUGCCUCAAAGGGGAUGUCUAGCAAAAAACAAACAGGAGGGAAGCAAAAAACAGGCGAGAAGCGGAGCGCACGAAAAGAUACUACUGGUGCAUCUUGAAGAAAAAAAGAGUUGAAAGUUCUUUAACAAUAAGUACAUUAUAAGGAGAGAAGAUGAAAAUUGUUGCAUGUUUCUCUUCCUCUUUUUUUUGCUUAUGAACUGAAAACUCUGUUGCUGCACAAAUGAUGGGAAACAAUGUGGAUAAAUUACCUUGUUUCUAUUGGUCUUGAUCUUUAUGAGUGUUUCCUUGCAUUAUGAGAAAAAUCCAAAUGGGCAUUGUUUCUCCUCCUUAAGUUCAUAAGUUUUUGGUGCCUGUUGUAUGAUCUUUAUUAGUAAAAUGACAAAAUACAGUAAAACUGAAAAUUGUAUG